AUGGACGUGGAUUCAGAUAUUCCUAUGCAUGAUGCAAUUGAAAGUCAACAACAACAAUCAUCUUCUUCAUAUAACAAAGAAUCCAAUCCCCCUGAAAAUAACAAACACGUAUCUUCUUCUUCACCUAUAACAAAUUCGUCCCCAUCAUCCGACAUAAUAAGCAACAGCAUUAAGGAUACUGUGAAUACUAGCACAACUCAUGAUAAUACUCAAUCUAAUAAUAACAACACAACCUCCUCUUCAAGCUCAAAUAUUAAUCAGCUAGAAGAAUGGAUUGAACAUUUAAGCAAAUGCCAAAUUCUUUCGGAAGAUGAUGUUUCUAGGCUAUGUAAAAUGGCAGUAGAUGUUUUACAAUACGAGCAAAAUGUACAGCCAGUCAACGUUCCAGUGACUAUAUGUGGGGACGUUCAUGGCCAAUUUCACGAUUUGAUGGAGCUAUUCCAGAUCGGAGGGCCAUGCCCAGAUACAAAUUAUUUAUUUAUGGGGGACUAUGUGGAUAGAGGAUAUUAUUCUGUAGAAACAGUUUCUUUUCUAGUUUGUAUGAAAGUUAGAUAUCCAAACAGGAUUACCAUACUAAGAGGUAAUCACGAAUCAAGACAAAUCACUCAAGUUUACGGGUUUUAUGAUGAAUGUUUAAGGAAAUAUGGCAGUGCCAACGUUUGGAAAAUGUUUACUGAUUUAUUUGAUUAUUUCCCUAUAACUGCUUUGGUGGAUAAUAAGAUCUUCUGUUUGCAUGGGGGACUAUCUCCAAUGAUCGAAACCAUCGAUCAAAUUCGUGAAUUAAAUAGAGUGCAAGAAGUGCCCCACGAAGGCCCAAUGUGUGAUUUAUUGUGGAGUGAUCCAGACGAUAGAGGUGGUUGGGGGAUCAGUCCUAGAGGGGCUGGUUUCACUUUUGGUCAAGAUAUCAGUGAACAAUUUAAUCAUACUAACGAUUUGAAUUUGAUUGCUAGAGCACAUCAAUUAGUUAUAGAGGGUUACGCUUGGUCUCAUCAAUCAGUGGUUACAAUUUUUAGUGCACCAAAUUAUUGCUAUAGAUGUGGUAAUCAAGCAGCCAUUAUGGAAGUCGAUGAAAAUUUAAAUAGACAAUUUUUACAAUAUGACCCUGCCGUAAGACCUGGUGAGCCAACCGUUAGCAGAAAAACCCCUGAUUAUUUUUUGUAA